ACCUGCUCGUCAUCGUGGCUUUAGAUCCGAACUUCAAUUCUUUUACAGGUUUAAGCAUUACAUGUGCAAACCAAAUAUCUGCUCAAUUCCAUUAAGUUAAACAACAUCGAACAAGAAGUUACACUCAGAAUAACCACCCCAGAGAGAGUCCAACAUGACUUCAAGGAGUCCAAGCCCACCACCCAUGAUACCCCUUCCCCGCGAUUGGAGCAUCAACGACAAUGCCAACGCCAACUCCGACAACUCCGACAACGACAACGAAGAUGAUGCCCAAUCAGACAUCAGCAUCCCCUACUCCUCCCUCACCGAAAGCACCACCAGCACCGCCGGCGGCAACGGCUUUCUCACUCCCACAUCAUCAGAUGCCCAUACCGUUGCCGGCGCUGAAGGGGUAAACCUACAGACCAUCAACUCGGUCCUACAUGAAAUGGAUUCCUCUUCUUCUUAUCAUCAUGAUGAACAUUUUACUAAUACCAUCUUGAUGCAAUGGAGAGCUGUGAACCACGAUGAGAUUGAACGGCAAAUUGUCAACAACCGAAACCGAGACCGAAACGGAAAUAAUAGAGACCGAAGUGACACGGCCACUACCUUAAGCACUGGGAACUUGCGGUUGCAUAAUACUAGCCAGACGAGCACGACUUUGGCUAGUGAAGGAGGAGUAGGAGUAGGAGAAGGAGGAGGAGCCAGGCUCGACGGCAACGGACAGACAAGAAGAAGGAAAGGAGGAGGAGGAGGAGAAGGAGGAGAAGGAUCGAAGUCGUCGCUCCACGACUCCUCCUCGUCCUCAUCCUCCUCAUCCAUAAAGUCGACCACUAGCCCCUCCAACAUGUCCCAUGAUCAUGACGACCUCGAGUUCCCGCCAUUAACCAUCCUCUCUCCCGCACCAACAGCACCUCACACCCGAUCUUCAACUCCCGCACCAACAGCAACUCACACUCGACCUUCAACUCCCACGCCAGCAUAUGAAAGUGCUCCAUCGUCUCCUUCCGGCGAUGCCCUAAAAUCCAAGCCACAACCACCGCCCUCCAAGCCACGACCACCACCCUCACGCUACACCCGCCACGCCGCCCCCGUUCCCAACCAAACUUUUAUCCUCAUCGAAUCCUCCACCGGCCGGGCGCUGACUCUAAUCGACGGGAGCUUGCGAUUGGUUCCCGUUCCAGAUCCGGAUUUGAUUAGUAUCACUAAAAAAUCCCGUCUUGAGCUUUCGGGCAGGGUAGAUCCAUGUGUAACAAAAGGCCAAUGCAACUGGCACUGGCACUGCGUCGAAACCUCGGGGUGGCUCGGCUUCCGCAACGCGGCCUCGGGCACCUUUUUGGGACAUGACAUGCGGCAGAAUAUCAUUGCGAGUGCGUACAAGCAUAACGGGUGGGAGUGGAUGACUGUGAGACCAACACCGGAAGGAAAAGGGGGGUAUUUGAUGGUGACACAUUGGGAGAAGUUGUAUAAGAUUGAAUUUUUGAAGGAUCGGGGGGGACUGGUGGCGAGAGAUACAAAGGAGGUGGAGGGGACGGUUUGGGAGUUUGUUAGGGUUUGAUUAGGUUUGGUUAAGGGAAUGAGGUAAGUGAGUGGUUUAGGGCUGCAUUAUGGCAUGCCAUCUUCGGGUUGGCGAAGAGAUGGGUAGGCUUUGAGGUUGAGGAUUGGAUUUGGAAUAAAUAGGGGUUAUGAUCACUUUGCGCCUGUGGUUUUGGAAACCGUUUUUUGGGUUGGGCAGAAUUUUCGGCAGAACUGGUUUGAGGUUGAUGUAUGACUGACGAGUUGUGGCAAGUAUCGUGUGAAGUUUGUGUUUACAUCUGUCUCAUUGGGGAGCCUUUAACGCUAUCACGAAGGUUGGAGGUCAAGGUUGACAUACCACUUUUCUCUAGAAACCACAUCUAAACACACAGCUGUCUCUCUACCCAAGUGAAAGGCUUCUGAGUCCAGACUGACUUCCUGUAGAAGAUAUGGUUAGCUUAUCGG